CCAAAAACAAUGAGGCUCAUCGCGCUCCUGGCCUUCCUGCCCCUCUGCGCGUGUGGCGGUUCGCCGGCCGCGGAGGGCGCAGACCGGGGUGAGCACCUCAAGGAGUGGGCGCGGAUCACCGAGGAGGCCGCCGCCGCAGAUGGGCCGCCUCUCUCCUCGCUGCCGCUGGCAGAGGAGUGGUACCAGGUGACCAUCGCGGACGUGCCGGUGGGCUACAUGAACACCCUCACGAGCGUCGACGACGACGGCUCGGCGCGCUCGAUGGAGGUGAUGGACGUGCAGGUGAACCGCGGCGCUGACACAUCGCGGAUGGCGUUCGAGACCGUCUUCCAGGAGGCGCCGCUGCAGCCGCCGUCGCUCGAGGUGCUGGAGGAGGCGCAGCGGUCCACCGGCGGCGUCACGCUCAUGGCCUACGACCAGCGCUUCGCCAACAACGAGGUCAAGAUGGGCCUCACCUUCCCGGACGGCGAGAUGAAGCUCGUCUCGUUCAACGGCGAGAAGGAGCACGUGUCGAUGCUGCCGCGGCCGGAGCAGGCGUGGCUCGGCCGGCUGCGCGCGAGGCUCGAGUUCACGCGCCAGUGCCGCGCCGGCGCCACCGAGAUCGUCGUGCAGACCAUGCGGCCGGAGCUGGGUCCCCGCGUGGUCAACCUGACCUCGACGCUGAUGCGGAUAGACAAGGCCUGGGACGGCACGCAGAUGGUGGAGGCGUCGGUGUGGGCGGUGCAGAUCUCGGACGUGCCUGUCAACAUGACGGAGGCCUACGAGACGCGCGGCGCGACUCGCUGCUACCGCAUGCUCCAGAUGGGGCUCGACAUGCCGUUCGGGUACCUGCUCGCUUCUCUCUCCGAGAAGGAGCCCGCGCUCCAGUCCGCCGAGCCAGACGCCAACCGGCCUCUCCCCGAGCUUGUGUACACGAUGUUUGUCAUCCUCGACCAGCCGAUCGAGCGGGUCAACGAGGCGGCGGCGGCGAGGAUGGUCGAGAUCUCAGUCGGCAUCAAGGCGGGCUCGUCGCGCGCGCCCGUCGACCUCAAGCUGCCGACAGGCGAGAGCGGCUACCAGCGCGUCGAGCCCGACCCGGACGACGCUGCGCGGCUGCGGGUGUGGGUCGACUUGAUGGCGCCGCAGGACGCGACGCCGGAGGAGCUUGCCGAGACCGACUUCCGGUCGCCGAGCGCCAUGAUCGACUCGAGCGACGAGGCGGACCCGCUCUGCGCCGAGGACGGGAAGCCGCUGCCCAAGGGGCACACAAACGGCAAGCUGCCCAUCGCGCUCGCCGAGGAGCGUUGCGCCGCGCGCGGGGAGCUCGCCUACGCGCUGCGCCAGAUCGUGCACGAGCACAUCGAGGACAAGCACCUCUCCACCGCCUACGCCUCCGCCUCCGAGACGGCGCGCACCGCCUCGGGCGACUGCACCGAGCACGCCGUCUUGCUCGCGGCGGUGCUGCGCGCGCGAGGCAUCCCGUCGCGCGUGUGCCACGGGCUAGUCUACGUCGAGCAGGGCGGCUCCGCCAUCGACGGGCAGGUGCACGUCGACGCGAGCGGCAACGUCGAUCCGGCCGGCGGGCGGUUGACGGGGCAGUACGGCUGGCACAUGUGGACGCAGGCCCUGAUCGCGGGCAAGUGGAUCGACCUCGACGCGACGCUGCACCUGCCCUUCACCGUCGGGCACGUGCUCGUCGGCACCUCCUCGAUGGCGGACAAGGACGCGCACAACAACCACAUGCAGAUGGCGGCGCUGAUUGGCAACCUCGAGAUCACCGUCCACGACGUGAGCCACUCCUUUGAGCGCUGAGCGCACCGGCACCGACCCCGCGCGCGUCCCGCCCCCCACUCUCGACCACCCCAGGCUGGACGCUCGGUACGCCGUCGCUGGCUCGCCGCGGCGGGCCCGGCGAGAGCUUGUGGCCGGCACUGCUCUGCACGGACCGUGGUGGUAGCGUAAAUGUGCAAAAGAAACUAUACUCUCGCAGAUGGCAGAAGCCUAGGGCGGCGGCUUCGAAAAGAAAAAGUUACUUAAACGU